AUGGGGGCUCCGAAAUGGGUGGUUGCGCCAUUGGCGCUGCUGCUGCUCCUGCAGCUCGCCGGCGCGUCCCAUGACGUCCGCCGCAGCCUCGAGGCCGAGGCGGCGUCGCCGUCCGUGCCGGCCUCCAUUCUCAGCCCCCUGCUCCGGACCGGCUACCACUUCCAGCCCCCCAUGAACUGGAUCAACGAUCCGAAUGGGCCACUCUACUACAAGGGAUGGUACCACCUCUUCUACCAGUACAACCCCAAGGGCGCCGUGUGGGGCAACAUCAUCUGGGCGCACUCGGUGUCGCGCGACCUCAUCAACUGGAUCGCCCUCGACCCGGCCAUCAAGCCCUCCAUCCCCACCGACCAGUUCGGCGUCUGGUCCGGCUCCGCCACCAUCCUCCCCAACGGCACGGUGGCGAUGCUCUACACCGGCAUCGACCGCCCGGGCACCAACUACCAGAUCCAGAACAUCGCCUUCCCCAAGGACCCCUCCGACCCGCUCCUCCGCGAGUGGGUCAAGCCCGGGUACAACCCCAUCGCCAUCCCCGAGGCCGGCAUGAACGCCACCCAGUUCCGCGACCCGACCACCGCCUGGCACGCCGGCGACGGGCUGUGGCGCAUGCUCGUGGGCGGCCUCAAGCCCGGCACGCUCCGCGGGAUGGCCAUCCUGUACCGGAGCCGGGACUUCAAGCACUGGGUCCGCGCCAAGCACCCGCUCCACUCGGCCCUCACCGGCAUGUGGGAGUGCCCCGACUUCUUCCCCGUGCGCGAGCCGGGCCACCCGGACGGCCUCGACACGUCGGAGUUUGGCCCGCACUACAAGUACGUGCUCAAGAACAGCCUCGACCUCACCCGCUACGACUACUACACGGUCGGCACCUACAACAACCGCACGGAGCGGUACGUGCCCGACAACCCCACCGGCGACGUCUACCAGCGGCUCCAGUACGACUACGGCAACUUCUACGCGUCCAAGACCUUCUACGACCCCGCCAAGAACCGCCGCGUGCUGCUCGGCUGGGCCAACGAGUCCGACAGCGUCGCCCACGACAACGCCAAGGGAUGGGCCGGCAUCCACGCGAUCCCGAGGAAGAUAUGGCUGGACCCCAGCGGGAAGCAGCUGCUGCAGUGGCCCGUGGAGGAGCUGGACCAGCUGAGGGGCAAGGCUGUCAGCGUGGGUGACAAGGUCGUCAUGCCCGGCCAGCACUUUGAGGUCACUGGCCUACAGUCCUACCAGUCUGACGUGGAGGUGAGCUUCGAGGUGCCGAGCCUGGACAAGGCGGAGCCGUUCGAUCCGGCCUACGCCAACGACGCGCAGAAGCUCUGCGGGAUGAAGAACGCCGACGUCAAGGGCGGGGUGGGGCCCUUCGGCCUCUGGGUCCUGGCCUCCGACAACCUGGCCGAGAAGACCGCCGUGUUCUUCAGAGUAUUCAAGGACGGGCAUGGCAAGCCUCUCGUCCUCAUGUGCAGUGACCCCACCAAGUCAUCUCUCACCGCGGGUCUAUACAAGCCGACGUUUGCCGGGUUUGUCGACACCGACAUUUCGUCCGGGAAGAUCUCCUUGAGAAGCUUGAUCGACCGUUCGGUGGUUGAGAGCUUCGGCGCCGGAGGGAGGACCUGCAUCCUAUCGAGAGUGUACCCAUCCAUGGCGAUCGGGAAAGACGCGCAUCUUCACGUGUUCAACAACGGGGUGACCGAUAUCAAGGUGUCCAAACUAACGGCAUGGGAGAUGAACUCUUUGAGUAGAAGUGGUGAGAGAAAUUUAUUGUGCGGUUGA